CCGUUUCCACAAUAUGUAAUACCAAGUGACAUGGCCUACAAAUUCAUGGGGUCGCUACAUAGAUAUGUUCCCCCGUUCGAGUUUCCAACCAUUAUGCUCCAGACUCGAACGCUGAGUUCCAGAGUCAUCCCACCGAAAACUUCGCAAGCAACCCAGCCUGUAGCACUGGAUUUUUCAGGGCGACCUUGCCUACAGCCAACAUAAAAGAUUCCGUUAUGUUCUGGACCAGCGCAAUGGAGCCUCUCCCACCCUUCAGCUCAGGCAUAUACAGUCCACACCACAGGAACUCCUCGUCACAAGAGAUUCCAUCAUCUCUGAAUAUGACCAAGGUUUGUAUAGAGCAGAGAGUGCAGCAGAUGGUACAAGUGUUCGAGCGCCCGGAACAGUGUGCAAACACUGACAGCCUACAGAAUCAGACGCCGAGGAGUCAUAGGACCCAGAAAACGGCGCAGGUGAUAAGAUCGCGGUCAUCGAAGCGCCCUCCGGCCACAAUCGUCGAUACAACAAGUUCACUCCAUCCCCAGCACCGCCUCAUCCUUUGGAAAAAGAGUCCCGAGACGCCCGCCUCGCGCGAGAGACGCGAGAUGCACAAGCCCAACAGCCUGAAGCCCCGCAGCGCGUCGAGAGCUACAGAUAUCAACAAGAAUACAAUCGGAAUGAGUCAGGGCGGAGGAUUAUGUACGUAUGCUGCGAUUGCAAUGGGAAGGUCGCGUUGACGCGGAUGGAGUCGGUGAGGUGCAGGGAGUGUGGACAUAUGGUGUUGAUGAAGGUGAGAAUGAAUAGGAUAGUGCAGUUCGAGGCGCGGUAGAAGAUGGAGUU